AUGUCAAAGAAAAGAUCUGAGGCAAGUGUGGAUGAUGAAUUUGGCGUGAAACGGCGGCGAAUGUCCAAGUUUGGUGUCCUUGCGGAGUUUGAUGAGGGAAACGAGGACUGUUCAGCCGAAAUCGGACAGGGUGGGUUUUAAUCUUGAUUUUUUUGUUUGACGUUUAGGAUUUGCAAUUUUUUCAUCUAAAGUGUAAUUUACUCAAUUUUUGAGCCUUGAUGCCCUUCAGUAAGGUGGAGGUUUAUUUCCAGCCGUGCUCGAUGUCACUGAGGCCGAGAAGACCGAGAAGUCCCGGGAGAAAAUUGAGAAGAUUAGUCGUCGCCGGGCAAAAGUUUUCGGUGCACCUUCGAUUGGAAUAAAACGAGCGGAAUUGCACCUGGACGGUGAGAAAUUCUGCUUUAGUUUAAUGUUGGGUGUUUAGAUAUUGCUCACCUUGCUCAUAGCUUUCUCAUACCAGCAGAAAUUCCGAAGCCGGGAUGGUUUCGACCUGGGAAUUUCAAAAAGCCCUCACAUCUGGUGUUGGCAAGGAUAAAUUGCGAUGAAAGGCUGAUUGUAAGUGGGUUUUUAUGUUGAAUAAGCUCUUUUUUCACUUCUCCUCGUGUAAAUUUGAAUAACUCUUACAAAUUUGACAUGUUUUCGCAAAGUUCUCUAUUUUUUGACCUUUAGUGCGAUGAAAAUAAGAAAAUGGCCUUUCUCCGAGAAUUCUUUGGGAAUCCUUUUGUACCUGUCGAGCAGUCGGUUUGUGAGACGAUGGACUUCUGGAAAAGGUUGACUGAGAUCUCAUUGCCACGGAUGUCACAUAUCAAAGCCCUGUUAAAGGUAUCUUUUUUAAUCUUUUUCUGAAUUUAGAUAGUAUUCUUGUUGAAAUGACGAAAAAAGGCAACCUUGAGUUUUGGCAGGCUGUGAUCAAGAUGUCAUUUUCAGAAGAAUAAAAAUCUUUUGGCACCUGGGAUGGAUACUGAAUUGAAGUUGCAAUUUUUAACAAGUGUGGAGCAAAUGAUGUAUUUCAAUUAUCCAUUGGCUGGAUUUACCGAGGAGAUCGAGGGAAUUGCGUCGAUAGUCAACUCUAAAGCGCAUUAUGGGAAACUGACUAAAAAUUCGCCGAUUUUUGUUGUUGACUGUGAGAUGUGCCAAACAACUGCAAACAAAGCUGAAUUAACGAGGAUUACUAUGGUAAGGUUUAGUAUUUCUUUACAUUUUGCAUUAUCUUUAUAUAAAUAAUCUAAAAUAAGUUUCUCUACCAGCUUCUCAUGGAUAAUAUGAAAUUUUUCAGAUUGACGAGCAAGGGAACAUAGUGAUAGAUUCUUUUGUCAAACCCAAGAAUCCCAUCACCGAUUACGUCACCUGCUUCAGCGGGGUGACCAAAGAGAGCUUGGAAGGAGUCACGGUUACAGUCGAAGAUGUUCAACAAGCCUUGAGGCGGGUCUUACCGCCUGACGCGAUUUUGGCCGGGCAUUCCAUUGAAAAUGAUCUCAUGGCUAUGAGGGUUUCGCAUCCGUAAGUCUUGAUUCCUUUUGCAUGUCUUUGAUUUAGGUACUGCAUCGAUGUUGGUUUGAUAUACUCCAUGAGAAUGAACAGAAAUAAUCGCCAGUCGUUGAGAAAAUUGACCUCGUACUAUCUGCGUGAGGACAUACAGAGCUCAGAGAAUGGGCACUGUUCGUACGAAGAUUGUUGGGCGACGUUGGAAUUGCUGAAAUUGAAACUUGAACAUGGUCCGACUUUUGGCAGCGUCCCUGAUGGCUUUGAUUAUGUAAAAUGGUCGGAAACUUUAGACAAUUCAAAGGAUAAGAAGGAGUUGGACAAGGAAAUUAAAGUAGGCUUAGUUUGUCACCUUAUUGUAGUUUUUUUCUUGAGAUUAAAUUGAAAAAUAGUUCAUUUUUAAUACUUUUUGUUUUAGGAGAACAAGAAAACAUACGUAAAAGACGUGAAAUUACCCCCGCCAAGGUGCGUCGGGUAUUGUGAGGCCUGUAAUACGGAGAUAAAGAGUCAAUGCUGUGUUGAGGAUUGCCUUUGCAUGAAACAUCAACCCAAGAAAUGCAUUAUGUGCGUUGGCAGGGAUGAGGAAUAUCCGGAUCCUCCAGAACACGAAAGAUUCAAUUAUGGGUAAGAGAAAUGUGCUUCGAAUCUCCCAAACUUCUAAAAUAACUUUUAUAUAUUUGAUAGGACAUACACGCUAUGGUUAAUUCGUCUAAAUAUUUUUUCAUCGAAUUUGUCAUCGAGUUAUAUUAUACUCGCCAUUUCAGCCAUGCCGUGAAGAAAUACGUCGAAAAAUCGAAAACCUCCCUCAAAGACGCAUCGGAACUCUUUCCACUAAGAAAGGCCUUAUUCGCCAGAUACCUCAACACCCUUGAAGAACAUGUCAAGGUCCAAAAUCUCACUGUAAUCGACAUAACAAAUCACAAAACUCCGACGGAAAUCAAAAAUAAUGUUCUGGAUGCGAAUGUAAUUGAAAGCGAUAUGUGCGUUAUCGAAUAUAACGCGGAAGAGAAUACUGAAGAGGAAGUGGACGGCCUGGUGAAGUACAUCCACAGUUCGAUGGCACCCCUUGGAGUUUUCGCGCUUUUGAUGUGCACCUCGGCCAGGGCAAUCAUGUACUUUGGAGUGAAAGUUUGA